AUCCUUGAAGUGCUGGCAACAUGCAUGCUCUUGGUGCAUUGCUGCUUUUCCACCUUGUGAUAUCCCUUGGACAAAGUGUUCAUGGGAGCAAAAUCAUAAAUGGGCAAAUAGUUCCCAAAAACACGAUGCUGUACAUGGUCUCAGUGCAAAGCCGCAACCGCCAUAUUUGUGGAGGAUCCCUGAUCAGAGAGGACAUUGUAAUCACAGCUGCACACUGUGAAGCAGGCCGUCCUGAUUCGGUUCUACUGGGGAGCCAGAAUCUCAAGAGUCGAGACGUGAUAAGGGUUCGCAUUAAACAGAAGUUCAUGCACCCAAAUUAUACGUCUGCUUUCCGUGGGAAAGACAUCAUGAUCCUCAAAUUGUCUGCGAAAGCUUCUUCAAAGGGCAAGCACGUCCAAACCAUCCCACUUCCAAAGGCUGGUACAAAACUUAGAUUUGAUCAGAUCUGCACUGUGGCUGGAUGGGGUUUAACUGAGGACAACACUAUUGUGGACGUUCUGAGAUCGGUGAAACUCUCUGUUGUAUCUCAACGUGUCUGCCAGUGGAGAUGGAAUUUCAGACUUCCUCCUAAUGUGAUCUGCGCAAGUGGAAACGGUCACAUAAAAGGCGAUUGUGAUGGUGAUUCUGGAGGCCCUCUGAUCUGCAACGGUGUAGGUAUGGGUGUUGUAUCAUAUGGAGCAAAGGGCUGCCGUGCACCAUACGCACCCAAUGUCUACACAGAUGUUUCCAAAUAUAUCGGAUGGAUCAAUGAGAUUUUGCAGAAGAAUUAAUUUAGUUUCUAAACUUAUUACACAAAGCUUUUCUCCGUAUACAAUAUUACAGCUCUUAUUUGAGUUGCUCUGUUAGCUUCCGCUUUUGAAUUGCAUAGAUAAAUAAAACAAAAGGCA